AUGGGGUUCAUCACAAUUCUCUUGCUAUAUUGCAUGUCAAGUGCAACAGGUCACUUGAAUGUGUUCAUCAGUCAAAAAGAAGUCAAAAGGAUUAUGGGUCUAUCGUCUGAACUCUACUAUGUUCGAGAUGGGGUUGUAAAUACAUACGCGAUGAACUUUGAAGUUCCAGUUCCUGCGAAUAUUGGUGAACUUGAAUUUUGCUGGCAAUCACUGACUCGACAUUCAUUACCGUACACGUGGAAUGUGGAGUCCAACAACGGCAUAGCGAUGAAGAAACCGGAACUGGACAUCCCGGAAUCAGGCUGGGUACCGUCACACGUCCAGGUGUUCCGGCUCAAGAUGCCGUGCACGGGCGUAGUGAGCUCCGAGGUGCACGUUUUACUCACUAUCAACAUAACCGCGGUUAAUCGCAAACACGGCGACGUGUCUCUGGUGUUCCACCGAAACAAGAUAUGUCUGAAGACCACCGAUAUGCUAUUGGACGCGCUCAUCGGCAAGGACGGUUCGCUGGAUACCAACCUGAUCGACGGAUUACCCCCGGGCCAACAGCAACAGCUUCCACAGCAGCCUGCAGCCCAACCACCUCCGCCACCGCAGCCGCCACGAUCGCAACCAGACGACGAUCACAAGAACGAUAAGACUUUGGUGCUGCAACCGUCUCACAGUGGUUCGGGUUCCUCUGCAGUGCAGGUCGCCACUGCUGUUGUCACCACUGGUGGUGGAAAUACCGCAUUAACUUCACCCAAACGUGGCGACGAAGCACCCGAAGAGUUGGUGCCCGCGCACGGUGCGUUCUUCUUUGCGCUCGGGUGCGGGUCUGCGCUCAUAGUCACACUGGUGGCAGUCACAUUCGCCCUGGCUUACAAGCGCACCAACAAAACGCUGCUCAGGUCCAAGUCCAAAGAAUCGUUGCAUACCAGUUACACUAGCGCCGCUUACGUGGCGAAUCCCAACGUUUUGGUGCGCGUCAAUUCGGUGACCAGCACCAGCGGUACUUACGCGACGAUCAGAAGCGUGCAGCGGAAAACAGCUGCGUCGAUGACAGAUGACGACCACCCGAACCACUGUGGCGGAGUGGCCGGAAACAAAGGCAGCAGCCACGUGUCGCCGUACGCCACCAGCUACGUGGCGACGGCGGCCGGAAGUAAUAAUUAUCACGUCUACUCGAAACCCGCGUCGCCCACGGCAUCCAAGAUAUCGUAUUACGCCUGCACGCCACUGAUGGCCGUUAACGAUCGGAGAAUGUGUGAUGACUUGGACGAGCGUAUACGCCAGCUGGACUCACCCGGCGCUACCGUCAAGUUUGAAAGACUCCUCCAGGAGGGUGCUUUUGGCAGGGUGUAUCAAGGCACGUACAAGCAAAACGGUGGUGGAUCGAAGGAAGUGCUCGUCAAGACCGUUACGACUGAUGCUGCGUCUCAACAAAACAAAAUGUUUCUGACUGAAAGUCUGAUGUUGCAUGGUUUCCCGGGCCACGUAAACAUAUUACAACCAAUGGCCGUGUGUCAGUACUCAAACAAACCAACGGCGGUAUUAUAUCCGUUCAGCAACAAAGGAAAUCUUAAAAAGUUUCUGUGCGAUUGCAAACGGAAAAAUAACGACUACUACAACUUGACCACACAAGACAUUGUUAACAUGGCCGUACAGCUCUGCUUGGGAAGUGUGUUUCUUCACAGCCAAGGCAUCUGUCACAAGGACAUAGCUGCCAGGAAUUGUGUCGUGGACGAAAAGUUGCGAGUCAAAUUAACCGAUAGCGGAUUGUCUAGAGACCUGUUUCCCGAUGAUUAUUCAUGUCUAAAUGACAACGAAAACCGACCCAUCAAAUGGAUGGCACUUGAAAGUAUCACUUUACGCACCUAUAACGGUGCCUCGGACAUAUGGUCGUUUGGUGUUUUGCUCUGGGAAUUGGUGUGCUUAGGUGCUCAGCCCUACUCAGAAAUUGAUCCGUACGAUCUAAGCCUUUACCUACAGGAGGGAUACAGGCUAUCGCAACCAAUCAACUGCCCGGACGACCUGUUUGGGAUGAUGACGUUCUGUUGGCUGCCCAGCCCAGAGGAACGACCAUCGUCUGCUCAAGUAUUAGCGUGUUUACAGGACUUCCAAAAAACUCUCAACCAGUUUAUCUAA